AUGUGUCCCAAUAGCAUUAAUGAAAUCGUAAAGCAGGAAGUUGCUGUCUCGCUUGGCCCACAAGUAGCUGAAGGCGAGCUCGUGUUUGGUGUCGCCCAUAUUUAUGCUUCCUUCAACGAUACUUUCGUCCAUGUUACCGACUUGACUGGCCAAGAAACUAUUGCCCGAUGCACUGGUGGCCAAAAAGUUAAAGCAGAUCGUGAUGAAUCUUCUCCUUACGCUGCCAUGUUAGCUGCCCAGGACGUUGUUGCUCGGUGUAAAGAAGUUGGUGUGACCGCUCUUCACAUCAAGCUUCGUGCUACUGGUGGUACAGGCACCAAGACCCCCGGCCCUGGUGCUCAGAGUGCUCUCCGUGCUCUUGCUCGUGCUGGUAUGCGUAUCGGUCGCAUUGAAGAUGUGACUCCUUGCCCCACUGACUCCACAAGACGAAAGGGUGGUCGUCGUGGUCGUCGUCUGUAAUCGAUUGCAUCCCCUCCUGUGUAUGGAUUCUUGGAGGAUUGUGUUACCGGUUUUUCACUGUCGCCGCACGACGCGCACCGGGAAGUGACUUCACCCGUCCCGUGGUCG